GCUUAGCUUGGUUAGUUUAGCUUGGUUAGUAAUUCACUUCCUUGUUAGCUUAGCUUGGUUAGUUUAGCUUGGUUAGUAAUUCACUUCCUGGUUAACUUGGGUAGCUUAGCUUGGUUCGUGAGUCACUUCCUGGUUAGCUUAGCUUGGUUAGUUUAGCUUGCUUCGCGAGUCACUUCCUGGUUAGCUUAGCUUGGUUCGCGAUUCACUUCCUGGUUAGCUAAGCUUAGCUUGGUUAGUUUAGCUUGCUUUGCGAUUCACUUCCUGGUUAGCUAAGCUUAGCUUGGUUAGUUUAGCUUGUUUAGUAAUUCACUUCCUGGUUAGCUUAGCUUGGUUCGCGAAUCACUUCCCGGUUAGCUUAGCUUAGCUUGGUUAGCGGGUCACUUCCUGGUUAGCUAAGUUUAGCUUGGUUAGUAAUUCACUUCCUAGUUAGCUAAACUUAGCUUGGUUAGUUUAGCUUGAUUAGUAAUUCACUUCCUAGUUAGCUAAGCUUAGCUUGGUUAGUUUAGCUUGAUUAGUAAUUUACUUCCUGGUUGGCUUAGCUUGGUUCGUGAGUCACUUCCUGGUUAGCUAAGCUUAGCUUGGUUAGUUUAGCUUGCUUCGCGAGUCACUUCCUGGUUAGCUUAGCUUGGUUCGCGAUUCACUUCCUGGUUAGCUAAGCUUAACCUGGUUAGUUUAGCUUGGUUAGUAAUUCACUUCCUGGUUAGCUUAGCUUGGUUAGCUUAGCUUAGUUCGUGGGUCACUUCCUGGUUAGCUUAGCUUAGCUUGGUUAGCUUAUCUUGGUUAGCGAGUCGCUUCCUGGUUAGCUAAGCUUAGCUUGGUUAGUUUAGCUUGCUUCGCGAGUCACUUCCUAGUUAGCUAAGCUUAGCUUGGUUAGUAAUUCACUUCCUGGUUAGCUUAGCUUGGUUAGCGAGUCACUUCCUGGUUAGCUUAGCUUAGCUUGGUUCGCGAGUCACUUCCUGGUUCGCUUAGCUCGGUUCGCGAGUCACUUCCUGGUUAGCUUAGCUUGGUUAGCUUAGCUUGGUUCGCGAGUCACUUCCUGGUUAGCUUAUCUUAGCUUGGUUAGCUUAGCUUGGUUCGUGAGUCACUUCCUGGUUAGCUAAGCUCAGCUUGGUUAGCGUAGCUUCUUAACUUAGCGUUGUUCAGCCAUGCUAGCGCGACGACUAGCUAUCUCGCUGGAACAGAUCACGGGUCGGACAGUAAGAAUGAAGCCGGAGAGAGGGCCAGUACAGCAGCUUUUAUGACCGAUUUUUAGUCGAGAUGCGAGGUGUAAAAUCUACCGGAGACGAAGAGCCUCUUCUCGGUGGGAAAAAACGGCGACACAACGAGUGGGACUCCGAUGAAGGAGAAACUUCAUUUGAGAGAAGCGCGUCAAACGAUGGAGCCAAGGCUGCAGAGAGAAGAUUAACAUACGAGGAGGCCGUGGAGGCAGCAGGCUUCGGUUUGUUCCACUGGCUGCUGCUGUUGGUGUGCGGCUGGGCCAACGCCAGCGAUGCCGUGGAGAUCGUCUGCGUGUCCUUCCUGCUGCCCACCGCACGCUGCGACCUCCUGCUCAGCUCCUCCGACAUGGGCCUGCUCACCGCCAGCAUUUUCCUCGGCAUGAUGCUGGGUGGCUACCUGUGGGGCUACCUGGCCGACCAGAGGGGGCGCCGCAGCAUCCUGGUGGUUUCCCUGGCUGUGAACGGCCUGUUUGGCGCCCUGGCCAGCGCGGCGCCCUGGUUCUGGCUCUUCCUGCUGCUCAGGUUCAUCAGCGGCAUUGGGGUUGGCGGGUCCAUUCCUGUCAUCUUCUCCUACUUCUCUGAGUUCAUGCCCCGACUGCGGCGAGGCGCCAUGAUCAGCGCGCUGGCCACCUUCUGGAUGGCGGGGAACAUUCUGGCUGCAGGCCUGGCUUGGUUGGUGAUCCCCAGAACUUGGACACAUUUUUCUGUGGGUCGCCUGGACUUCCAGAGCUGGCGCGUGUUCGUGGUGCUGUGCUCCGUCCCGAGCCUCACAUCGGCGCUCAUCUUCAAGCUCUUCAUGCCUGAAAGCCCCAAGUUCCUCAUGGAGGCGGGCAGAGAGAGCGAUGCGAUCCGUGUUUUCCGUCUGAUGUUCCAGUUGAACACUCGAGGAAAAGGAGCGUCCUUCCCAGAUGUGCGUUUGCAUGUGAGCGUCGUGCAAAGAGCCUACAAGACCGAGACUGAAGGUUGUCGUGCAGGCCGACUCAUCAAUGCUGUGAAAAAGGGUGUGAUGCCGCUCAAGCAGAUGUUUGAAGGGACGCUCAGAUCCAGAAGUGUGGUCCUGCUCAUCAUCUUCUACUGCAUCUCCUUCGGUUUCUACGGACUGUGGAUGUGGUUCCCGGAGCUGUUUGCCAGACUGGAGGGCGGAGGAUCGCCGUGCGCCAACAUGUCUGCUCCAUCAGGGCAACACAACCAAAGCUGUUACCCUGUCAAGACCAUCGUGUACGAGGAGGGUUUCUUCAUCGCAGCAUCCAACCUUCCUGGCAACAUCUUCACCAUCUUGGUGAUGGACAGCUUUGGAGGGAAGCUGCUGCUCUCCGGCAGCCUUGUGAUGUCCAGUCUCAGCGUCUUCUUCAUCUACGUGGUCCAGACCAAAGUCCAAAGUCUGGUUCUGUCCUGCUUGUUCAGCGGCGUGUCCGUCAUCGCGUGGAACGCCCUGGACGUGUUGGGGACAGAACUUUACCCAACACAAUUACGCUCGUCGGCGCUGGGCGUCUUCACAGGAGUGGGUCGGGUGGCGGCCAUCACGGCCAACGUGGUUUUCGGCAGGAUGGUGGACAGCUCGUGUGCCGUGCCCAUUCUGCUGGUGUCGGUGCUGCUGCUGGUGGGUGGGUUGGCGGCGCUCUUCCUGCCGCAGAGCAAGCAGAUGGCGCUUACCUGACCUUUAACCCCUUUUGUGAACUCCCCUUGAUGUCUUUCCUUCAAGGAGUAAACCACCGAAAAGUGCCUUUUUUAUUUUGUAUAAAAAAAUAUUUUAUAUUAUAUUUACCACAUAUUUCAUCCAAUUAGAACCAACGCCUUUUUUAAUCAUCUGCUAAUCUUUACGUAGUACCAGGACUGACCUGAGAGUAGCAGCAGUGAUCGCACAAUGCUGGAAAGUAAAAAACGAAGAAGAACUCGGUGAACUGCCAGCUUAAGUUAGCUUCUCUGCUAACUAUUGCAUUGAGGCUUUUUAAUUACGUUAAGGCUUGCAGGACAUAUUACAUUAACAGUCGUAUAUUUUCCAUAAUUAAAACAAAGCAGUCAUACGUUUAUGAAGUUAGUCUCAUGUGUUUCUAAGAUGUUAAUAGACAUACUAUUUGUGUUUGUAUGCUUUACUUCCGCCUUUUCAGCCAGCUCGCUUCCUGAUUGGCUAUAUGUGGCCGUGUUUUGCGGAACUAAGAGUGACGUCAUUUUUAUACAGCGCGCAUCCUCAAGGGAGUUUUUGUGAUAAUUGUACAUUCUCAUUAUAGAUAUUUGUGCCAAAGAUGAAUUAAUUAACUACCCUUUGCUGUAAAAAAAACAACAUUUUACAGGAUUUAUGUUUUUUUAUUGGUCAAAUAAAACCUAAAAAAUACUCAGGAGCACCACACAGUUGUCGUGAAAUAAAACUUGAUCAAAUCAAAUGAGAACUUGGUUACAUGUUCACCUCUGGUAUGUUCCCUUUGUUACCAUUAAAAACAAAUAGUGUUCUGAUAGAUGCAGAAAAAAACAAUAGUCGAGCCACAAAUGUGUUAAAUCUGCUUCGAUAAAAACCUUUACAUUCAUCAACAGUAAGAAAAUAAAUAGACCAGUUGCCAUGUGAGAAAAGGAAAGACAUCAAAUAUGGACAUUUAAUUUAAAUUGUAAAAAAAAAAACGAAUUAAAAAGUAAACUACCUAAGGUAAUACAGUAUCUACUUAAUAUUACUUUUAAAGCCAACUGUUGUAUAAAUUGUGGUUAUUUUUACUCAUGUAUUAAUUUUUUUAAGGCCCAAGUGGAGAAAAAUUAAAGUUAUAAUUUUUCUA